GUGUACUACGCGUACCUGUUAGUGAGUGAGAGAGAGAGAGAGAGAAAGAGAAAGAGAUAUAGCAAGAAAGCGAAUGCUCGAUAGAGAGAGAGACAGAAAGAGAAAGAGAUAUAGCAAGAAAGCGAAUGCUCGAUAGAGAGAGAAACAGAGAGAGUGAGCGCGAGAGCGAGAGAAGAGUCGUCUAUCAACACCAGUUUCUCACACCGGACUAUUACAAUUUUAAUCAAAAGAGUUGACAAUUUGUUAAAAUGCCUGGAAUUGCAAAAUUACACUUGGAGGACUCAUUAGAGGGCGGUCCACAGACUAAAAGCCUGCUGGGCCUGUUUGAAAAAGAUGCCAUGUCACUCAAGAAAUAUUCCAACAAUUUGCACAAUUGCUGUCAAAGAAUUCUUUCUGCUCAAAAUGAAUUGUGUGCAGCAACACAGUGCUUAUCACAGCAGUUGCGUAUGUAUGAACUUCAGAAAUUCCCCUUGGAGACUGAAGAUAGUAUUUUGAUAUCAACCCUAAACCAGUUUGCUACUUACUUAGAUGAUAUUAGUUCUGUUCAGCAAGUUCUCGCUGCUCAAUUUUCUGAGACAAUGAUGUAUCCAUUAUCAAAAUUUCUUCAAGCAGACUUAGAAGAAAUUAGCACCAUGUAUGAAAUGUACAGAAUUUCCUCUGAUGAGCAUGAACAAGCAAUGGGAAAAUAUAUGAAACUUUCAAAAAAGAAAGAUAAUGACCGUCUAAGACGGGAUGCUAAUGAGGAGCUUUAUACUUCAAGGAAAAAAUUCCACCAGACAGCUCUCCAUUAUUAUGCUUCACUCAAUGCUCUCCAGUAUAAGCGGAAAUGCUUCCUGCUAGAACCUAUCUUGGGCUACAUACAUGCUCAACGGACUUUCUUUCAAAUGGGCUAUGAUGCUAUUGUUAAACGCGAAAUUGAAGAAUUUCUUAACAACAUCACAGCCAGUGUUCAAGGUGUUCAACAAGAAUUAGGUCAAGAUACCCAGAAAACAAUUGAACUCAUUGACACUCUAGAAAAUCAAAGUCAUCAUUUAUAUCAACCUGAACCAAUGGUAGAAAUGCCAUAUAUACCACCGAAUGUCAACUUAGUCAGUAAAGCUGGUUAUUUAUUCAUGAGAAGUAAACACUCUUUAUUGGCAAACAAAUGGGAACGUGGCUACUUCUUCACUCAAGGAGGUAAUCUGAUGUACCAGUUUAAAGAUGAGGUGGCUGGCAGUCUGGCUUUGGAUCUCAGUGAAGAAGGAAUGGUAGCUGAAAGUACUGAUGCAGAUGACAGACGCUUCUGUUUUGUAGUGCACAAUCUCAGUACUAAAAAGUCUGUUAUACUUCAAGCUGAAAAUGAACGUGAAAGGGAUGAGUGGAUUGCUACGUUGAACAAUAUUUUACGCAGCAAUAAAACUGGGAAGAGCAAACAGUCUGAUUCACCCUCAAGGAAGAUGAAGGAUCGUGUUGGAAGUCUGGGUAGCAAAGAUUACAAAAAAGAGGGCUUUUCUCCCUCAGUUUCCAUUGAUGAGACAAGUUCUGGUUCUUAUAGUGUACAGAAUCGAAAGACUUCUGACAGUUGUCUACCAAGUACUACAACAUUCACAGAUAGCUUUUUGCCAGAUGUUCCUAUCCAAUUUGAUUUGAUGUCUCCUAGUGAAGAAAUUGUGUCUAAUUUAAAUGAAGAACUUUCUAAAUGUAACUUAUUGGAUGAAAUGAAUUCCAAAGAUUCUUCUGAACAAGUUGAUAAUGUGAAAAGUUUCAAAAGGAAAUUUACAGUUCGUUUCAUAGGAUCAAUGGAAGUGCCACAAGAUAGAGGUGAAGCCCUUGUGAACAAGACAAUGCGUCACAUAAUGGCAGCUCGCGCAAUACAUAAUGUUCUGAGAAUGACAGAAUCUGAAUUGAUAAUAUCUGACACAUCUCUGAGAUUAGUGGAUACUGCUACUAAUAAUGUUCGCACAGCUUUUAAACUGAGUGAUAUUUCAUAUUGGUGUGGACAUAAAGAAAAUGACAGACUACUUGGUUUUAUCACUGUCAACAAAGAAGAGGGUUCACUUUCUUAUACAUGUCAUGUUUUUGAGUCAAGUACACCAGUUUUGGAGAUUUGUCAAAGUAUUGGUAAAGCAACAUCUAUGGCAUUUAAAACUUUAAUGCAGAAGAAUAUGGAAAAUAGGAAGGCAGAAGAAAGAGAGCUUCUGCUUGCUAACAUCAGUAAGUUACAAGAUAAAUCACCAGAAGGAAUCAAAUCAGCCAGGCUAAGCUCUGAUGAGAAAUACUUGGUUUUUACAGAGAAGGCACCUUCAACAGCCUCAUCAGUUCAGCCAGUCACAGACAUUGGGCCUGUAGAUGACUCGGAAGCUUGAAGUUGAUUUUUUUUUACAUAGAAAUGACAGGGAAAAAAGGGAAUGUAGAGAAAUUAAUUACUUUUAUUUUUAAAUGUACUGAGUGAUAUUUCUUCUUUAACUUCCGUUGACAAAAUCUAAGCUAUUUUGUAAGUAUUAUAAUAACCAAAUUAAUUGGUAUGAACAAGAAAUAACAGCUUGUAUCAUAUUCUUUCAAAAUUCAUUUCAAUAAGAAAAUAGAAUUAUUCUAAUUAUGUAGUGUUGUUAAUAACUUAUUUCUACUAGGCACAAAUGCCCCUACCUUUUUUUUUUUUUUUUUUCUAAUAGGAGGAAAUAGAGUCAACUCAUUUGUUUUAUUGAUCCCUAUCCUUGCUUGAAGGAUAAAAGCAACAUUGACUCCUAUUGAUUUAAUCUGAACACUUGAUGUUAAUGAUUAUGAUGAAGCAAUAACUUACAAAUCAUAAAACACUUAUUUCAACUGUUUACUACCUACUUUGGAUUCACUAUCCUAGAUUGGAGUGGAGGUGUAAUACCUUACAGUUUUUUUCAGACCAUUUGCACUAGGGAUUUAGUGUAGUCAGCCUGAGUCAUUGGAAGGGAAAAAAUGAUAAGGAUAAAAGUGUCAGACACACAAUUGUAGAAAGAGAGGAUUGGAGCAGCGAUAAAGAUAGGGAAUGGCCUUGAUAAUGAGCCAGUGAUUGUAAACUGUUGGUUAUUUAAAACUUAGCAAUCAGAUGGUACAUCUACCUAAUGCAGUGUUUCUCUUAUGGAUGUGAGGAGAACUAAUGAUUGAAAAGGGAGUGUUCAAAUUGCCAUCUUUAAUGAGAUUAAAUAUGUUUCUAAGAUUUAAAUGUCAAAAACAUUGAUGAAACAAGAAUUACAUGGAUGCAAGCUCUAUUUUAUUUUCUCAUUAAUAAAGAGGAGGUUGCCAAAAAAAUUUCACUAAUUUCUUUUUAUAAGGAUAGGGUCUGUCGUUUGUUAGUUUGAGAACUACUGAUCUAAUGAAUACAAUUCUCUCACAUUAUCUCCUGAGGAGAAUAUUGAGAGAAUACAGAUACUAUCCUCAUAUCGUAAAUAUCUAAAUAGUGAAUUAUUCUUGCUCACUACCUAUUUAAGUAGAAAGUCUUGUUAAUAUUAAAAGACUGUCUCUUUUAUGCUCUCUACUUGACAGAAAAUGUUUUUGUAGCUUUUGAGCAGCUGUUGUUGGUACUGCUCAAACAUGCAAAUCUAUUGAACAGAGGUAACUGAUCAAAUGUUUGGAAACACUGCAGGUUUUUGCCUUGAAUGUGUUGUACUUCAGCCCAUUUAUAUCACAAUAUAUAUA